GUACGUGAAUUUUUAAUAGUUGAUUAACAUUCCAACAAUCCUCGUUUCGCCGAUUAUUACUUGCCACCAGAGUCCGAAACGUUUACAAAAAACCCAUAAAGAAACGCGCGGCCUCAAACUCAAACUCAAAGAUCUUCUUCUUCGUCUUCUCGUGUCAAAUGCGAAAAGGCCCAAAGACCCAUUUUCAGAUUCCAUGUGACAAAAACAAAACUGUCCCUCAUUUCUCACGUGAUCCCAUUUCUCUGAGCUCCCUCAACCAAAUUCUCCACCUGGGUUCCCUUUAAGGUUUUGGGAUCUUGUGUUUAUUAUUUCUGGAUGCAUGGUUCAGACAUAAAUUGAAUUGUAUCAAGAAACUGGAAUAAAUAUGGGGCACCUAAAUCCACAGUUUGGAACCAAUUCAUCUAAUGGUCUAAGGGAGGAAUCUCCCAUUAAGCCUUCCAGAGGUGCUUUGGCAUGUAUGAUUAAUUUCGAAAUAGGUGCUGUUUUGGCUGUGAUGCGAAGAAAUGUACGGUGGGGAGUUCGUUAUGUGGCAGAUGAUGAUCAGCUAGAGCACUCACUCAUCCAUUCCUUGAAAGAAUUACGGAAGCAAAUUUUUUCUUGGCAACAUCAGUGGCAAUAUAUUGACCCAGCUGUGUACUUGCGGCCAUUUUUGGAUGUCAUACGAUCUGAUGAAACCGGUGCACCAAUCACUGGAGUUGCAUUGUCAUCUGUUUACAAGAUAUUGAGCCUUGACAUACUUGAUCUUGAUACCGUGAAUGUAGGAGAUGCUAUGCAUUUGAUAGUUGAUGCUGUUACAAGCUGCCGGUUUGAGGUAACUGAUCCUGGCUCUGAAGAAGUGGUGCUAAUGAAGAUACUUCAGGUUCUUCUAGCUUGCAUGAAGAGUAAAGCAUCAGUUAGGCUGAACAACCAGCAUGUGUGCAAUAUUGUAAAUACGUGCUUUCGUGUAGUUCAUCAGGCUAGCUCUAAAGGUGAAUUGUUGCAGCGGAUAGCACGCCAUACUAUGCAUGAAUUAGUUAGGUGUAUUUUUUCUCACCUGCCUGAUAUCGACACCACGGAACAUGCAUUGACUAAUGGAAGCAGGUCAUAUGUCCGUGAAGAGGUGGGAUUAGCAGAUGGGGAUCAUACAUCUGAAAGUAAGCAGCUAGAAAAUGGCAAUGUUGGCAUUGAAUCUGAUGGUCAAUCAUCCACAUAUGCUUCAAAGGAUCACAUGGGUACUUCGGAUGGUGGGAUGAAUGAUAGUGGGAUGAGUGAGAAAAUAACUGAGGUUAGUAAUGGAGUGGAGGCUUCUAAAAAUGAUGAAAGCCUUCUGAUGGAACCCUUUGGGGUUCCAUGCAUGGUCGAGAUAUUUCAUUUCUUGUGUUCUUUGUUGAAUGUCAGUGAGCACAUUGAGUUUGGCCCCAGAUCGAAUCCUAUAGCAUAUGAUGAAGAUGUUCCCUUAUUUGCACUGGGGUUAAUUAACUCAGCUAUUGAAUUGGCUGGGCCCUCAAUCAGUAAACACCCCCAGUUAUUGGCUAUUGUUCAAGAUGGAUUGUUUCUUAAUCUUAUGCAGUUUGGUUUGUCCAUGAGUCCACUGAUUCUCUCAACAGUAUGCAGCAUUGUUCUUAAUCUGUAUCAUCAUUUACGAACUGAGCUCAAAGUACAGCUUGAAGCUUUCUUGUCAUGUGUGCUUUUAAGGCUUUCCCAAAGUAAACAUGGUUUGUCAUACCAACAGCAGGAGGUUGCUAUGGAGGCUCUAGUUGACUUCUGCAGACAGCAGACAUUUAUGGCAGAGAUGUUUGCAAAUUUUGAUUGUGAUGUAACCAGUAGUAAUGUGUUUGAAGAGCUUGUUAACCUGUUAUCAAAAAGCGCAUUUCCUGUGAAUGGACCUUUAUCUGCAAUGCACAUUGUUGCCCUGGAUGGCUUAAUUUCCAUGGUUCAGGGCAUGGCUGAGAGCGUAGGGAACGAACCAUUUACUUCAGAGCCUGCGGUAGAUGAUGAGGGAUAUACACCGUUUUGGAGAAUGGAAUGUGAGAGCUAUAGUGACCCUAAUUGUUGGGUUCCAUUUGUCCGUAAGAUGAAGUACAUCAAGAAAAGGUUGAUGGUUGGAGCAGAUCACUUUAAUAGGGAUCCUAAGAAAGGUCUAGAAUUUCUUCAAGGAAUGAAUUUGUUGCCUGAGAAACUUGACCCUCAGAGUGUGGCACACGUUUUCAGAUACACAACUGGGUUAGAUAAGAAUCUUAUUGGGGAUUAUCUGGGAAAUCAUGAUGAAUUCUGCAUACAAGUGCUUCAUGAAUUUGCCAGGACUUUUGAUUUCCAAGACAUGAAUUUAGAUAUUGCAUUGCGUCUUUUCGUGGGAACUUUCAGAUUGCCUGGAGAAUCACAAAAAAUACAGAGGGUGCUUGAGGCAUUUGCAGAAAGAUAUUAUGAGCAGUCACCGCAUAUAUUGAUCAACAAAGAUGCCGCUCUCUUGUUGUCAUAUUCACUUAUAUUGCUCAACACAGAUCAACACAAUUCUCAGGUAAAGAAAAAGAUGACUGAAGAAGACUUUAUCCGUAACAAUAGGAAAAUCAAUGGUGGGAAAGAUCUUCCUCGUGAGGUCCUAUCUGAGCUGUAUCACUCAAUCUGUGAGAAUGAAAUCCAGAUGGUCCCGGACCAAAGUACUGGGUCUCCAAUGAUGACAUCAAGCUGUUGGAUUAAUGUGAUUCACAAAUCCCAAAAAUCCUCCCCAUUUAUCAUCUGUGAUUCAAGAGACCUCCUCAACCAUGAUAUGUUUGCUAUCCUGUCAGGUCCAACAAUCGCUGCUAUGUCGGUGGUUUUUGAUCAGGCAGAACAGGAGGAUGUUUUACAAACAUGUGUUGAUGGGUUCUUGGCUGUUGCCAAAAUUGCAGCAAGCUAUCACCUUGAUGAUGUAUUGGAUGAUUUGGUCGUGUCUCUCUGUAAAUUCACAACCCUCUUGACUCCCUUAUCCGUUGAAGAAGCUUUUUUUGCUCUUGGAGAUGACAUUAAAGCCAGGAUGGCAACCACAACAGUGUUCACCAUAGCAAAUAGGUAUGGUGAUUAUAUCCGUUCUAGCUGGAAGAACAUACUGGAAUGUGUCUUAAGCUUGCACAAGCUUGGCCUUCUACCUGCUCGGUUGGCUAGUGAUGCGGUUGAUGAUAUAGAGCCCCCAUCUGACUCAGACCGGGGGAAACCUGCUACUACAUCCUUGGCAACACCAAAUAUGCCAUCUAUCACUACUCGUAAAUCAUCUGGCCUUAUGGGCCGGUUCAGCCAGCUCUUAUCAUUUGAUGUGGAGGAGCCAAGGUCACAACCAACAGAGGAAGAACUUGCUGCUCAGCAACGCACUCGUGAGACUAUACAGACUUUCCACAUUGAUAGCAUUUUUACGGAGAGUAAGUUUCUCCAAGCUGAGUCUUUAUUGCAGCUUGUGAAGGCCCUUAUCUUGGCUGCAGGCCAACUCCGAAAGGGAACUAGCUACUUUGAGGAUGAAAACACUGCAGUCUUCUGCCUGGAGUUGCUGAUUGCCAUUACACUGAAUAACCGAGACAGGAUACUGCUUAUCUGGCAAGGUGUUUACGAGCACAUAUCUGAUAUUGUUCAGUCGACUAUUAUGCCUUGCACUCUGGUGGAAAAGGCUGUCUUUGGGCUCCUGAAGAUAUGCCAGCGACUGCUUCCGUACAAGGAAAACCUGACUGAUGAACUUCUCAGGUCUCUUCACCUGGUUUUAAAACUUGAUGCCCGGGUUGCUGAUGCUUAUUGUGAACACAUAACGCAAGAAGUUUUGCGCCUUGUAAAGGCAAAUUCAGCUCAUAUCCGAUCCAAUGCAGGUUGGCGCACAAUUAUUUCCUUGCUGUCUAUUACAGCUCGGCAUCCAGAAGCAUCUGAUGUUGGGUUUGAGGCUCUAGCAUUUAUCAUGUCUGAUGGGACACACCUGUUGCCAUCCAAUUAUGUUCUUUGUGUGGAUGCGGCAAGGCAGUUUGCUGAGUCUCGGGUUGGGGAGGUUGAUCGUUCUGUAUCUGCCCUAGAUUUGAUGGCAGGUUCUGUUGUUUGUCUUGUCAGCUGGUCUUGUGAGAUGAAUUCUGUUGGUGAGGAGGCUGCUAAGAAAGUGAAUCAAGAUAUUGGCGAGAUGUGGCUGAGGCUGGUGCAAGGAUUAAGGAAAGUAUGUUUAGAUCAGAGAGAAGAAGUGAGGAACCAUUCUAUUUUAAUGCUACAGAGGUCUUUGGCAGGAGUGGAUGGGAUUCACCUUUCAAAUGCCUUGUGGUUGCAGUGUUUCGAUCAGGUGAUCUUCACAUUGCUUGAUGAUUUACUAGAAAUUACGGUGGGGAACUCUCCAAAGGACUACCGGAAUAUGGAGGGAACGCUUGUUCUAGCCAUGAAACUCAUGUCAAAAGUGUUCUUACAGUUACUAUUGGAUCUCUGGCAGCUACCCUCCUUCUGCAAACUAUGGCUAGGAGUUCUUAAUCGUAUGGAGAGAUACAUGAACGCAAAAUUCAGGGGAAGGCGUAGUGAGAAGAUUCAUGAAUUGAUUCCUGAGCUUCUCAAGAACACCUUAUUUGUGAUGAAGACGACAGGAUUACUUGUGCCUAGUGAUGCCAUAGGUGGGGAUAGUUUUUGGCAGUUGACAUGGUUGCAUGUGAAGAAUAUAACCCCUUCUUUGCAAUCAGAAGUGUUCCCUCCUCAGGAAUUGGAGCAGCUGCAGGCCAAGCAAUUAAAGGAAGCAGGAAUUCCUGCUCCUGAUGGGGCUGUGCUUGUUCAGUCCAGUGAGACCACGGUUUAAGGAUAAUUUUCAUAAAGGGGGUUGUUGAUUGUGAUGUGUCUUGGGAAAUUUGAAUGGCCUAAAAUGUUCCUUACUGGUUUGCCAAAGUUGUACCAGCUGCGAAAGGCAGUUUUCUGCGGUUGGAUGUUGAUAGUUAUAGAAUUGAGAGUUUAGAGUUCAUCAAUUUAAAGACAUUCUUGGAGGAAAUGCUUAACCGAAUAAGGGAAGCAAACUUGGGAACCUUCCUACUUUGACACUUUGCUCCACUCCAGGGGACUCAUUUAGAGUGUUAGGGGAGUGCCAUUCCCUGCUAUAAUACCAGGGGCUCUAAGAAGAUCCCUCGCUUAAAUUUUGUAUUUGGCUUUAUUAGUUUCUGUACCAAGAUUAUCACAUUGCACCAUGUCCUCUGUAUACCUAGUGUCAUUAUACUAUGAUAAUACAAUGGAUUAGUUCAGCUGUGAUUUUUUCAAAGCA